AUGGGCUCCAAAAAGCCAAUUCCUGCACUAGAGAUAGAUCCUGACCCCACCUACUGCCAGGAGCCACCCAAACAGACAAAGCUGCACAACUGUCUUCCAUAUUCUAGGAGCCUAGUCUGGUUCCAUGCAGACUCCACAGCUGUUGGUCUAUUCCUUAGCUGUGGUGCUAUGGAGGAGAUUCUAGACCGAGAGAACAAGCAGAUGGCCGACAGCCUGGCCUCCAAGGUUACCAGGCUCAAAUUGUUGGGCUUAGACAUCAAUAAGGACACAGAAGACCAGAACCAAUACCUAGAUGGCAUGGACUCAGAUUUCAUGAGUGUGACUGGCCUACUCACAGGGAGUGUGAAGGUUUUUUCCACAGUGGCAUGGUCUGGGUGAGACAACUGGAAGCUUCUGUGUGGUAUGGCCAUAAUCUUAGUUGUGGCCUUCUUCAUCCUUUCCUACCUCUUGUUGAGGACAAGGACGUGA